AUGAAUUUAUCAAAUAAUAAUGGUAAUCUAAGUUUUGACUCAGAUGUUGGUGGUCCAAUGCGUAAGAGUUGCAGCAAUGUUUCAUUGGCUAGCUCAGCAUAUACUGGAGGUUGGGUGGUUUUGGAUAUUCUUGGAAAGGAGUUUCGUGCAUCAAAAAUUUCAUUAGCUAGAGAUCCAACUUCGUACUUGGCUAAAAUCGUUGAGGAAGAUGUUGAUCCGGAUCAAUUAUUUACUGAUAGUGGCGGUUUAAUAUCUUAUAAUCCAGACUCAGGCAAUGGCCGUUGGCAAUUGGACGCUAAUCCAGAUUAUUUUGAAUAUAUUCUUAAAUAUUUGCGAAUUGGAAAAAUUAAUGGAGUUAAAGCUGGUCAUUCUUGGGAAGAUUUGUUGGAUGAGGCUGAAUUACUCAAGUUAUCUAAAUUGGCUGAUAUUUGUCGACAAAAGAUUCACGAAAAAAAUUCACUCUCAACGUCCACUUCCCCUUCAAAUACUUCACUUUAUGGAGGGAUUGGCGGUGGUUCCUCAGCCACAACUCCUUCAUCUUCUAUUCAUCAUUUUCAACCUUACGGGCCUCCUCCGCCAAUGUUUUGUCCUCCAGGGUUUUUUCCACAUCCACCACAAAUGGGACAGCCUCCGCCUUUAUAUUCUCAACCACCUCCUGGUUUUGAACAAUUUACUAUUAAUAAUUCAAUUCCAUCGCCACCAAUUCAACAUCAACAGUUUUCUCAACAUCGAAUGAAUUCUUCAUUUGGAGGGCGUGGUGGUGGAAUUACGGGUAUUCCACCCAAUUUUCAAGAAAAUAUUUUACAACAGCCAAAUAGCCAAGUAUCAUCAGCUUCUGCUUCAAUAAGUAAUAGUUCAAUUGGGACUUUAAUUGAUGAUAAUAAUUCAAAUAUUCAACAACUACAAACGAAUUUAAAUAGAGGUGGAAAUAAUUUGGGUGGAUUGCCUCGUUUAGAUGAACUUCCAAUGGAUGAAGAACAACUUAGAGGACUUUCAGCUUUUGAAAUUAACAAUGAAAAUAAUAAUUUUGUUGAAGAAAAUAUUGACAAUGAAAAUGUUGUGGAGAAUGGUGGAAAUAUUUUUGAAGAGGAUUUGGGGAUGAUGAAUGAUUGUGAAGAAGAGAGGAAUGAAAAGACAACUAAUAAUGAUAUUGGACUUCCGCAAACUCCAGAGGUUCAAAAUGAUGUUACAAUUCCUCAUAUAGUAAAUCAAUCAACUACAAUUUGGGAUGAUUUGGAGCAAGAAGAAGAGGAAAUUAAGGUUAAAUCUACUCCUUUGGUUACUACAAGCAAUACGAAUAAAAUCCCUGAGACUAUUGAUGUUGAACAACUUGAGAAUGAUGAAAAGAAGGAUAUUAAUAAUUUUAAUGAAUGCGGGAUUAGCUCUACUGUUUUUGAGCCCCCUUCUCAAAAAUCAAAAAUUGUUGAUACAUCAGAGGAUACAUUUCAUGAUCGACGAGUUCCAGCUUUUGAGCUUUCUACUGAUGGGCGAAUACAAAAUUAUUCCAAAAUUCUUUCAAUACGUAAACGGCACACACAGGAAUUUUUGAAGUUUUUAUCUCAAGCUGAUAAACCAUUAGAAUUAGCAUAUGAUAGCAAAUUUGGUGUUGAUUUGGGCUGUGUAUUGUUCUAUUUGCAACGUCUAGCAUUUCAAUACCCUAAAGGGUGUGAUGUUAAGCAAUAUUGUGAUUUUGAAAUGCUUAUGAAAUCUGCUCGUCAAAGCGAAAAUAAUCAUUAUUUUAACAAUACAAUACCAAGUGCUGUAUUGCUUCUUCAAUCUGGUGAUCUUUUAAAAUUUGAUGAGAAAGGAAUGCUUUCUGUUGCUGAACCUGUUUGUAAAGUUCGGCUGCUUUGUCUUCGUCAAAAUUUAUGCUCAAAUCUAUUUCGCUUUUUAAUUCGCCGUAAGCAUUUGCAAUAUAGUGCUACUGUUGAACUUUUGCUUAAUGAAAUGAAAUUAAUGGUUCCAUCAAAUGUUGAAUCCCCGCCGGAUGGUCGAUGUCUUCUUUCAAUUUGCAAUAGAUUUCCAGCAGUUUUUGAGCUUGUUUGUAAAGAGAGUGAAAAUUGUAAGAAAAUAAUUAUUUUUUGA